AUGUUCCCGAAAACUUCGCCCCUCCGCCCGAAGGCCAAAACUCAUUUGCCCAGUCUCAAAAAAUCCCCAGCAAAAAAAAAAAAAAAACCGUUUAAUUUCACUUUAUUACCUUUCUUCCCAAAAAAUUUAAAUCUUUCCUUUCAGCCUCCCUCCCACAAAGCCACAACUUUACCGUCCCUCUUCUCUUUUGUUCGUCUUUUCGGUUCAAUAGACUCAGUAUUCCAUCUCUCUCUCUCCGCCGGAAUAUUCCCAUCCACCAAUGGAUGUCCGCCGCAGACCGCCAAAGCCUUCUGGUCCUCCAACCAACUCACUUGACCACCACCACCACCACCAGCAGAACAAGGGUUCCUCCUCCGCAUCCGCCAGAGUCCUGGAUCGGUCCCCUUCACCAACCCCCAAGGCCUCCGAUGCCCUCCCCCUCCCUCUCUACCUAACCAACGGCAUUUUCUUUACCCUCUUCUUCUCCGUCGCCUACUACCUCCUCCACCGCUGGCGUGACAAGAUCCGCAACUCCACCCCUCUCCACGUCCUUACCCUCUCCGACCUCGCCGCCAUUCUCUCUCUCAUCGCCUCCUUCAUUUAUUUGUUAGGUUUUUUCGGUAUUGAUUUUGUUCAAUCCUUCAUUGCCCGCCCAUCUAACGACCACUGGGACGUCGACGUUGAGGACGAAAGAUUCAUCCUCGACGAAGAUCGUCGCCCCCGCCGCCUUCCCUCCGUCGUCUCCGCCACCCCCAUUUCCCCUUCCCCCGCGCCUAAGUUAAUGGAGGGUCCUCCACCCACCACCACCACCCCCCUCGGCAUCAGCCACCCCCCUUGCCCCAAAGAAGAAGAAGCAGACGAGGAGCUCGUCAACUCUGUGGUUUCCGGCGAUUUCCCUUCCUACUCCUUGGAAUCAACUUUAGGAGAUUGUCUCCGAGCGGCCUCCAUUCGCCGAGAGGCGGUGCAGAGGAUUACUGGGAGGUCGCUUUCCGGUAUGCCGUUGGACGGGUUUGAUUAUGACUCUAUUCUGGGGCAGUGUUGCGAGAUGCCUGUUGGAUACGUGCAGAUUCCGGUGGGCAUUGCUGGGCCCCUGUUGCUCAACGGCUGCGAGUACUCGGUGCCAAUGGCCACUACGGAGGGCUGUUUGGUAGCCAGUACCAACAGAGGUUGCAAGGCCAUCUAUGCAUCCGGAGGAGCCACCGGUAUCCUGUUGAGAGAUGGGAUGACCAGAGCCCCUGUUGUCAGGUUCCCCACUGCCAAAAGGGCCACUGACUUGAAGUUCUUCUUGGAGGACCCUCUUAAUUUCGAUACAUUGGCGCUCGUUUUUAACAAGUCAAGCAGAUUUGCUAGGCUUCAGGGUACUCAAUGCUCUAUUGCAGGAAAAAAUCUAUAUAUCAGAUUUAGCUGCAGCACUGGAGAUGCUAUGGGAAUGAACAUGGUGUCUAAAUGUGUUCAGAAUGUUCUGGACUUCCUUCGUAGUGAUUUUAGCGAUAUGGAUGUUAUUGGUAUCUCAGGGAAUUUUUGUUCUGAUAAAAAACCUGCUGCUGUAAAUUGGAUUGAAGGACGCGGAAAGUCGGUUGUUUGUGAGGCAACCAUUAGUGAAGAGGUAGUCAACAAGGUACUGAAAACCACCGUACCAGCACUUGUAGAGCUUAACAUGCUCAAGAACCUUACUGGUUCUGCUGUAGCUGGUGCUCUUGGUGGCUUCAAUGCGCAUGCUGCCAAUAUCGUCUCUGCAGUUUUUAUAGCUACUGGCCAGGAUCCAGCACAAAACAUUGAAAGUUCUCACUGCAUCACUAUGAUGGAGGCUGUCAACAAUGGGAAGGAUCUUCACAUCUCCGUCACAAUGCCUUCCAUUGAGGUUGGUACUGUAGGUGGUGGAACUCAACUUGCUUCUCAGUCGGCAUGCCUCAACUUGCUUGGGGUGAAGGGGGCAAGUAAAGAGUCGCCAGGAUCAAAUGCCAGGUUGCUAGCCACGAUUGUAGCCGGUGCAGUACUUGCCGGGGAGCUAUCACUGAUGUCAGCCAUUGCAGCUGGGCAGCUGGUCAAAAGUCACAUGAAAUACAACAGAUCAAGCAGGGAUGUCACCAAAAUUGCCUCGUAGACAUGAAAAAACGGAGCAAGUUUGUGAGAAGUAGAAGACAGGAGGGAAAAAUGGAGCCCAGAUGAGGGGGGGAGACAAUGAGAUGGUGCUUAGUAGUGGCCCGUGUGUGUGUGUGUGUGUUAUUUUUUUCCUUUUUUUUUUUUUUUUUUUAUGGUUGGGGCGGGGGGAGCGGGAUGGUUGGUGUGGGGGAGAAGAGCUCGUCGCAGCUGUAAAGUAUAGGGAAGCAUGUGCGUGUGGAAGAUGCGAUGCCCAUAUGCCUGCACGUAGACCCUCUCACCCUUUUGUCUCUGUCAGGAGAGGGCCAGAAAGAAGAGGAAACAUUCCCCCUUCCCCUCCCCACCCUCUUCCUCCCGAACAAAAUAUAUAAAAAAAAAGAAAAAGAAAAAAGAGAUCACAUUCAUCAAUUCACCGGGGACGGUUGAAACACCUCCAUCCAUCCAAGUGCUAGCUAGUAGUUGCAUGCCGCUAGUGCUCUCUCCUCUCCUCUCGUCUCGUCUCUGUAAUUAAUUAUUGUCUUGGAAAUGGUUUGAAAGUUUUUUUUUUUUUGGGGGUGUAGUCUUAAAAAGAGACUUUUUACUUUGAUCACAAGAUUUUUGCACAGCUAAAGAGGGCAAAGACGUCUUCCUUCCUAGGAACACUACUACGCUAACAUGGGCAAUACCAGUACUUACUAGUAAGAGAAUGAAUGCACGGCUAUUGCUCUCGGGGCCGAGUCGGGUUUGGGUCGCACGUGUGAAGUAAGAAGAUCAGCAAACAUUUUGGGGGUUGGUGUAAUUGUUGCUCCUUAACAGUUAGUUUGGGGUAAUGUUGGUGGAGGCAGCAUUUUAGUUAGUUGGAAUAGGAAUAGAUACGGUGGUGAUCAUAACAAGAAGAUGAUUUAAUUUGAAGAGAGUAAUAUAUUGAAAGUUUGAAUUGCAAUUAUAGGCAGAGGAAGAUGAGGUGGUGUUUUGUUGGAUGGUUUUUUUUAUUAGGGUGGGUGGGAGCAGGACUACGUCCGCUUCACGAUUUUGAAGAGGGACCGACCAUUUACAUAUCUCAUCGGCGUUAGUAAUUGGUCUGUAUAAUGGAUGACAAAACAAAAGUCACCACCUGCUGACUGCUCUGCCGUGGGUCACGCAUGUAAUUUAUGAUCCCCCGGCCGGCCAUCGGAGAGGCCCAAUUUGCAGACAGAUACAUGUAUAUAUAGUAGUAGUAGUAAUUUACAGAGAGGUCUUUUUUGGCAGAAAAAGAAGCUCAAAAUCAUGCUCUCUCUCUCUCUCUCUCUCCUAUUAUUAUUAAGAGUAAAUAAUAAUAAUAGGAGAGAGAGACAGAGAGAGAGAGUACUAAUAACUACUGAAAAUAUUUUACUCCUCUAAAUAUUAAUGUAGGAGUAAAUAACUACUUACUACGUCGUACUAACUACGGAUACUACUAACUACUCCUACAGAGCGGUAAGACCUACAAAUAUCGAAACUCGACCUUCCUACUACUACUACUGGUGGAAUCCUAUGAAACUCUGAAGUUCGAUCGAAAAUGGGAAGCAGCAGAGGAGGAGGGUGGGGAAGAAGGGUGAGGUCAUUGGUGGGAAACUCCAUGGGAGGUCUAAGCGGACGCGUCAACUUGGCCUCCUGGGCGGUGGCUGGAACCCUAGCUUACUUCCUCUGGAUUAAGCCCUCCCAACAACUCAAGAAAGACCAAGAGGAAAGGGCAGCGCUGGCUGCAGCUUCGGAUCCUUACCGUUACGUCGAGAAACGAAAACCCAUCCCUGAUCCUCAGGAUACUGGAUUGGUAUACGGUAACAAGAAUAGAAGCAAUAAAUCUCCAGAAUAAUUUGCAACAGCCCGCCCCCUCUCCCCCUCACCGCUUUGUUGCGUCAAAAUGGUGGCUGAGCGAAUCUAUAUUGGUGAAAGCGAUGGACAGAGUACUUGGGAUACAGCCAGUUCGAGUAAUUUCUGUAGAUACGAUAACUCGGGAUAGGGAAAUUGAUUAUGUUCAAGACAUGAUGUUAUUGAAGAUGAUGGUCACAGCAUUCCCAUUGUUAACUACUUCGAUUUAGUGGAUUGGGAGAAAAUUUUAAUAUGUUGGCGAUGUCAUGCUGCCUUUUUCCUGCUUUACUAGGAGGUGGAGAUUAGAUAUGUAAGUCAUCAUAGAUGUAAUAUCAAAUAUGGUGGAUUUUGACUUGGCACCCCCCGGUUCUGCAACUUAGUUCUCAGUAGUAAUUGCAAAAAAGUAAAUUUGCGCCACACGCUUCCCUGGUCCAUCUUGUUAUACCUUGUGCAGCGUGGCCUUAUGCUCA